GAGGGAGGUAAGAGGGAGGUAAGAGGGCGGUAAAGAGAGGCAGACCCGGCGGAAGCGCGACAGAGAGAAAAGCUCCUCGUCCCGGUGUGAAAUGCGGGGGAACGCGCUUCUCGCGCUGCUGCUGCUCGUGGGCGCGCUCAGCUCCUACUACCUGUACAGCCCGAUUCCCGAGCAGAUCGAGCAGCGCUGGAAGCUGCUUCUCACCGACUGCUUCUUCAGGACCCUCAGCCACCUGGCAGACCUCAGUGAACUGCUGGGUGUGAAGGACUACAUGGGCAUUAUGAUGUUCAUCACCAAGAUGGAGGCAGUGGUGCCGGUGUCGGACGAGCACGUGCGUGUGACCGAGGAGCUCUUCGACGGGGUCCAGGUCAUGGUGUAUGAGCCCAACUGCCGGCACAGCGAUGGAGACCUGAGAAGGGCUGUCAUCUAUCUCCAUGGAGGAGGAUGGUGUCUGGGAAGUUCCAGGAUGGAACCCUACGAUCAUCUCUCAAGGCAGAUGGUUAAGGAGCUCAACGCUGUUGUGGUGUCUGUGGAGUACCGCCUGGCUCCAGCGCACCACUUCCCCGUCCCCUUUCAGGACGUGUACCGAGUGGUGAAAUACUUCCUCCAGAGGUCCGUUCUGGCCCGCUACGCGGUGGACCCGGAGCGUAUCGCCGUGUCAGGGGACAGCGCCGGGGGCAAUCUGGCAGCUGCCGUCGCUCAGCAGCUACAUCAGGACCCAGAGCAGCAGGUGCAGCUGAAGGUGCAGGCGCUGCUCUACCCCGUCCUGCAGGCUCUGGAUCUGAACACGCCCUCGUACCAGCAGAACGAGAACAUGCCCAUCCUGCCGCGGCGCCUCAUGGUGCGCUUCUGGAGCGAGUAUCUGACGAGCAACAAGUCGUUGUUCCGUGCCAUGCUCACCAACUCGCACAACGGCCUCGAGUCGGCCUCCCUGCUCAAGUUCGUCAACUGGAGCACCUUGCUGCCCGAGAGCUUCCGCGGCUCGUACCGGUACAGCGCCCCCCCGAUCGAGGCCCAGGGGGCCGGCCCCGCCCUGGACGGCCUCACCGACCCCAGAGCGUCGCCGCUGCUCGUCCCCGACGCGGCGCUGCGGCCGCUGCCCAAGACCUACAUGCUGACGUGCGAAUACGACGUGCUGAGGGACGACGGGCUCAUGUACGCCACGAGGCUGCGGCACGCCGGCGUCCACGUCACGCACCGGCACUACUCGGGCGGCUUCCACGGCGCCCUCAUGUUCGUCGUGUGGCCCACCGACUUCGACAUCGGCCACCGCAUGACGAGGGACUACGUCCGGUGGCUCGAGCACAACCUGUAGGCUGAGAAGACGAGUGUCCCUGUAGCGCUAGGCAUUCUGCUCGUGUCUCCCGGUGGUUUCCUCUCGCAUGUGCAUGUGGACAGAGAGCUUCUGGGGUGUCUCAUGUUCCCGUGUCGCACUGCUGCAGCUGCUCGUCAACCUCACAUUAGGACCAUGAGCACUCUGAAGGAUUGGCCGAGCCUCGAUUCGUCCGCUGCUGCUCCAGCAGGGCUGCGUCUCCUCCGUGUUUACGCUGCUUUCUAGAUUCUUUGCGAGAGAAGGAUGCGUUCUGACGGUUCGUGUCACAAGGUUUCCGAAAAACUUCCUGCUUUCUGCGGUUGGGCCCGCAGGAACAUGAGCAGCAGCAGUGAGAGAUUCUUGUGGAGAUCAUAUGAACGGCUCCACUGAUAGCAUGUGACUUUACUGCAUGUGUAAGAUACACACACACACACACACACACACACACACACACACACACACACAUCUUCCCCAAGGAGGAGGAGGAGCGUGGUGCCGGUCCCCCCCGACACUGCUGAGGGACUCGUCGCAGGCCUGUUUUUUACCCAGUGCUCACCUGACAGCGGGUGACUUGUGCCUCGUCAUCCGCCCUGUGCACUUACUACGAGGGAUGCGCACGGCUCCCUCCCCUCCUCGCCUGAACUCAUCACCUUUAACACACACAACACACACACCUCACCGGACCAGCGGGUGACCGUGGCACCGGGGGGUGGGAGUUCGCACACCUCUAACAUCACCAGUUCUCCUCUCACCGCUGACAUGGUGAUGCCCUUGUAGAGAAAUAAGUUCAAUUUUGAACUCCAAGCAAUAAAUUAGUUUGUGAAUAAUAGACACUAGAGCAGCCAGAAUGCAAUGCCGUGCUGAUCUCCUUAAAUUGAUUAGAAAACAUUUUGAUGCGACACAGGUUCACUCCUCCUUUCCAUGGUCACUUGUAUGUCCGGCCCAUUGCUGGGAGUCCACAGAGCUCUGGACGUGGAUGUGAAGCUCAGCUGAGGUCUGCAGGGUGCAGCUCCCAGGUACAGAGCAGAGCUCCACCACCCAAGGGUGGCCAGAGAAAGAGGUCCAGAUCACAGACGCCCGGCGGCCGCCACACACUCGUCCUCUAGUUGCCAUACCUCCUCGCAUUGCUGAUGUUCUUGAUGUGCUGAUGCUGCUCUCAGCAAAGCGCCGGAAUUUUCCAUCACUCUUCUUUGGGAAUAAACAACCCCGCCGUCGUUGCACUCUUCUACUCUUGCUUUGGUACCAGUGGUCCUGCUGAUUUGUAACAGGACGUCUCGUCACUGAUGCACAGGCACCAGGACGUCAGCAACACGCAUCUAAAUCUCCUACAGCUGGCCCAGCAAAUUCAAUGUUGAUGGUUUUCCUUUUCACGUUUUCAGCUGCAAUGAGAGCAUAAACAGAGGAGCGACAGAGUCCAAACACGGUUAAAAGUGAACAACAUGCAGCCUGAGCUGGCAGUAGAUCACAGCGGUGAGAAACUCACAUUGAUUUGCUGGGUUCCUCUGAUGAGCAGCUCCUCGGGUGGCACCGCCAUGCUUGUGGUGGCUGUUUCGGGGCCCUGAAGCGAAGACACAAGGACCGGCUGUGUCUCAUUGAGUAGAAACUGUUCUUCUCCACAUGUUGGUAUCGAGAGCUGCGAGCCCCCAGGCUGCACGUGAGCACAUCAUUCCUGCCAAGGCUCUCCUGGUGUGGUCAUUCGCAGAUCUCAAGUUGUGCAAAGGCCCUUUGGAGAGGAGGCACUUUUGGACAUGCAAACACACACACGCACACACACACCCACACACACAAAAGCACACGCUAUGCACGUUUUUCAUCUCUCCUCCCAGCAAGAACAGUGUGUGACUUUGGGAUCCAUGCGUGAUCACAGGGAUGUGUUGCUCUCCAGCCCGUGCAAGUCGGCCUCGCGGACCCGCUGGGCACCUGCGGGCUUAGAAUCCCAUUGAAGCGCUCAUCGUCAGACGUAUUUCACAGCUGGCGCAUGUUGAUCAGUAGCGUGCAGUUUCACGUGACUCAUGUGUAGCAGCGUUUGUAAUUGUGACUUAGGUACCUCGGAUUUUCACGUGAUGUUUCUGUCCACUCUUUGUAAAAUAUGGCUAUGAAAAUGUAAGAGAUCCAAUCUACUAAGAACCAGCAAUUAAACUAACAUCA